UUACAAUUUAGUUUGGGAUCUCUCCUUCAUCCUGUUCUUUGAUGCACACACACACACACACAAAAAAAAAAGUGUUUUCCAUAUAGUUUUGAUUUUGUAUAGCUGUUUUGCUGUUCAUUAUUGGCCCUUUCACUGAUUGAGUUGAUGAUAAAGCCACCCCAAACCAAACUUUUCCUCAAAGAACAAGCACAAACCAACAUUAACGUGUAAGUAAAAUACCCAUCCAAUAGGAACCUGCCACGUGCCCCAUGUUCCACAAUAUUGGAUUGUAUUGUGUUCCCACCAAAAAAACGAAACAAAAACAAACCGAAGGUGUAUUUGUUCGACAGGCAUCUUCUCUCAUCAGCGGCGGCGGCGAGGCAGGCAGAAGUGGCGAAGCCUGAAAGUGAGCUCUACGAUAGAGGGAGGGGCCAACCAAAAGCAAAGCUAGCGCCUAGAGGUAGCUGGUAGCAGGAGGGCUCCGACCAAUAUCUGCUCCAGGACCUUGUUCUUGUUCCCUCUCGCUCAUCACUGGGUGGGCCGUUGUGGUGGCUGCCUGGCUGUGGCUGGUGCGAGAAAAAAAGGUGAGGUUUUGGGGAUCCUUGGAACAAUCAUUUGUCAUUCCACUAACCUUUCCCUGGUUUCUUGCAUUCUCGAGCCUCCUUUCUGGCAUGUUCUUGGUUUAGGGGGGGAACGGACGAUUCUGCUUUGUACAAUAUUCCCGUAUUUAUUCCUCCUCGAUUUUCUGCGUUGAGAUUUCCUGUCUCGUGCCCAUUUCCGUCCUUGUUCGCAGCCAGGCACAGCUGCAUUAACGCUGUUGAUUUUCUCUCGCAGUAGCCAGUAUCAGGCGCAAGUUGCGAUUCUCGGGAGUUCGUUGAGGAGUCACAGAGAAAGUUUGGUGGUACUGGUGAGGCAAAGGUUUCCUUCCAGGGUUCGUCAGGAACGAGGCGUGUCGCAAUCUGAAGCCUUUCGUCGGUUCCGUCUAGCUGCCCCCCUCGGAUUCGGCCAUGGAGCGGCAGUCCAGCAUCCGGCUGGGCGCGCUGGAGAAGCUGAGGAGCUUCCGGGGGAUGGAGAAGCAGAAGAGCUUCCGCGGGAUCAUGUCCCUGGAGCGGCGGAGCAGGGACAGCCCGGGGAAACGCGGCGACACGCCGCUCCACCUCGCGGCGAGGGCCGGGAGCGUGGCCCACGUGCAGAGGAUCCUCGCGGAGCUCGACCGGGCGCUGGCCGCCGAGAUGGCCGCCAGGCAGAACCAGGACGGCGAGACGCCGCUGUACGUCGCCGCCGAGAAGGGCCACGCGGAGGUCGUGCGCGAGAUCCUCAAGGUCUGUGGCGUGCAGACGGCCGGCAUCAAGGCCAGCAAUAGUUUCGACGCGUUCCACAUCGCCGCCAAGCAGGGCCACCUUGAAGUUCUGAAGGAGAUGCUGCAGGCUCUUCCUGCUCUUGCUAUGACAACAAAUUCUGUAAACGCUACGGCCCUGGACACCGCCGCGAUUCAGGGCCAUGUUGACAUCGUCAAUCUCCUGCUGGAAACCGAUGCUAGCCUCGCCAGGAUCACGAGGAACAACGGGAAAACGGUUUUACACUCAGCAGCAAGAAUGGGCCACGUGGAAGUUGUAAGAUCGUUGCUGAAUAAGGAUCCCAGGAUUGGUUUGAGGACAGACAAGAAGGGGCAAACUGCGCUGCAUAUGGCUUCGAAAGCGCAGAAUGCUGAGAUCGUGGUCGAGUUGUUGAAGCCAGAUGUCUCGGUCAUCCAUAUCGAAGACAACAAGGGAAACAGGCCCUUGCAUGUUGCUACUCGGAAGGGGAAUAUCAUUAUAGUGCAGACUCUGUUAUCAGUUGAGGGGAUCGAUGUCAAUGCAGUUAACAGGUCUGGAGAGACUGCAUUUGCCAUUGCCGAGAAAAUGGACAGUGUAGAACUCGUGAACAUCCUGAAAGAGGCUGGUGGAGAAGCCGCAAAGCAGCAAGUACAUCCUCCGAAUUCGGCGAAGCAGCUGAAGGAAACAGUCAGCGAUAUCAGACACGACGUCCAGUCCCAGUUCAAGCAAACACGUCAGACCAAGAUGCAAGUCAACCAGAUCAAGAAGAGGCUGGAGAAGCUCCACAUCGGCGGGCUGAACAACGCCAUCAACUCCAACACCGUCGUCGCGGUGCUCAUCGCCACGGUCGCCUUCGCCGCCAUAUUCACGGUCCCGGGAAACUUCGUGGAGGAGCUGAGCCAGGCGCCUCCGGGCAUGUCCCUGGGGCAGGCGUACGUGGCGAGCAACCCGGCGUUCAUCGUCUUCCUGGUCUUCGACGCGCUGGCCCUCUUCAUCUCGCUCGCGGUGGUCGUGGUGCAGACCUCGCUGAUCGUGGUGGAGCGGAGGGCGAAGAAGCGGAUGGUGUUCGUGAUGAACAAGCUCAUGUGGCUGGCGUGCCUCUUCAUCUCGGUGGCCUUCAUCGCGCUGACCUACGUGGUGGUGGGGCGCGACGACUGGUGGCUGGCCUGGUGCACCAUGGGCAUCGGCGCCGCGAUCAUGCUCACUACCCUCGGCUCCAUGUGCUACUGCAUCGUCGCGCACAGGCUGGAGGAGAAGAACACCAGGAAGAUCAGGAGGGCCUCCGCGAGCCAGUCCCGCGGCUCGUGGUCCCGAUCGGUCGACUCGGACGAGGAGAUACUUAACAGCGAGUACAAGACGAAGAUGUACGCGCUGUAGCCUGUAGGAUGGAUAGCAAGUGUAACAUGACGGAUUCUUUUGUACAUACCAGUGCUUUGUUUCGCCAGAGGCUGCUCCAUGGCAUGCGGCACCACAUCAGUCUUCUUCAACCAAAGGGACUGAAGGUCCUUCCUGCGGAACCAAGUUCAGGUCACUUGACCGGUGUGCCUGUUCCUGGGGAGUGAGAGUCUGCUCAACUGUGUGGUUCUUAGCGCCUGAAACCGUCAAUGGUGAUGGAGAUAAUCCAGCUAGAAAUUUAGAAUAGAAUAAAGUGUCCGGUACAAAAUGCAUUGUGUCGUGCAGUAGAUAUGAUGAUCUUGUACACGAGGAUCUCAUCGGAGAGAGUGAUUUGUUGAACUCUUGUGGGCAGUUUUUUUUUUCCCUUGGGAGUUGGGACUUGGGCUUGUGGUCUGUGACGCAGGGAAUAUAUGUGUUGACAAGAUGAAAACUGUCAUUGAUCGGCCAUUUCCGAGAC